AAAGAAAAAAAAAAAGAGACAUUUUAAAGACAUAAAUUUUUGUUAUGCUUCAUUUUCCCAUCUAACACAACCUUAUUAUCUUUGUUUUACCCUCAUUUACUUAUAUUUCGUCAUGAUCUUUUUAUCUACUUUUUCGCCUUACCACACCUCACUUUCUUCCAAUAAUGUCAUCGUCACAAUAUUAUUGGCGUAGGCCGCGUAGCAUAAUAUCAACCACAAACGUCGUUUUAAGCCGUCAAUGAUCAAUCUAUCGUGAGGGUGCGGUGCCACUGUUAAGUAAAAAUUCCCUAAACACACAGAAUUUAAAAUAAUUUGAAUAAUGUCAGUGGAAGAUGUUGAGCUAAUCUUCGUCCCUGGCCCAGGGAUUGGCCACAUCGUGCCCGCGAUCGAGGUCGGAAAACUCAUGCUCGAUGAGCACACGCGGCUUGCCAUCACGUUCCUCCUCAUCAACGACCCCGUAAUUCGUGAAUACACGAACUCGAGCGGUUUCCACUACAACCCCCGCCUCCGGCUCCUCACCCUCCCCGAACCCGAGGAAGGGAAGAGCCCCAGCUCCGACUUCAGAACAAAGUCGGAGCUGCCUCCCGUCAAGGCCCUCGUUAAUGUCGACCGGCAUAAGCCCCUGGUGAGAGAAGCCGUUCUCGGCAUAAUGAUGAAGACGAGAAGCCGAGUCGUCGGGUUCGUUGUCGACAUGUUUUGCCUGAGCAUGACCGAUGUCGCCGACGAAUUUUCCAUCCCUAAUUACGUAUUUUUUACAUCCGGCGCCGACUUUCUCUCACUCAUGAUGACCAUGCGAAGGUUGACCGAUGAAGACGGCAUCGACAUAACGGAGUUUAAAGAUUCUGACCAGGAAUUCUCCGUCGCUGGAUUCCUCAACCCCGUUCCGGCGAAAGUUAUGCCGUCGAUGAUGUUGGACAAAAACGGCGGCUCCGACGCCGCCAUGUCGACAGCUCGAAGGAUUAGAAAAAGCAGAGGAAUCUUCAUCAACACUUUUCAAGAACUCGAGCCUAACAUAAUCCAGUCCCUCUCUAACUCAAAUGAUGAUGAUCAAAUGCCGCCCAUCUACGCCGUGGGACCUCUCCUCAACCUCGAAACCAAGCCUGAAUCGAGAUUUUCCGACAUAAUUAACUGGCUGGAUCUACAGCCUCGUAAGUCUGUAGUGUUUCUCUGCUUCGGCAGCGAGGGGGGUUUCUCUGAGGAGCAGAUCAAACACCUGGGAGCGGCGCUGGAAACGAGCGGGCGGAGAUUCCUGUGGUCGCUGCGGCGGCGGAAGCAGAGAGAUUCGUCGAUUCCAGUCGAGAUUCUGCCGGAGGGAUUCCUGCAGAGGACCAACGGAGUCGGGAGAGUGAUCGGAUGGGCGCCGCAGGCGGCGGUGCUGUCGCACGCCGCCGUGGGUGGCUUCGUCUCCCACUGCGGCUGGAACUCGGUGCUGGAGAGCAUGUGGUGCGGCGUUCCGAUGGCGGCGUGGCCGCUCUACGCGGAGCAGCAGGUCAAUGCUUUUCAGGUGGUGGCGGAGUUGGGUGUGGCGGUGGAGGUUAGGGUGGAUUAUAGGGAGGACACUGAGAUUGUUGUGAGCGCGGAAGAGAUAGCGGCGGCGAUCGAGCGGCUGAUGGAGAGGGAGAGUGGAGUGAGAGAGAGGGCGGCGGAGAUGAGAGAGAAGAGCUCUGCCGCCGUCGUCGGUGGUGGUUCUUCGCGCAAGUUUUUGGCCAGUUUGGUUCGUGACAUUCUGCAUAAUUCGAGUGGUUGAGAAUUGAGAUCAAUUUUAUUUUACUAAUAGUAUUUAUUAAUUUGUCAUUUUAGAGUGAGUAUUGGUUGCGAAAACUCUGUGCGCCAUAGUGUUCAGUUUUUUCGAUGAGUCCAACUAAUUGGGAUCAUACUUAUUGUAAAAUUUCAAUAUAGUACUUCUUCCAUCCAA